GCUUCUUCCACUGGCGGAGUGGUGCAGCUAGAGGAGUACUGCGGCAACCCGCGGAAGGAGAUCAAGUCGUGAAAAAUUAGCAGUGCUGCUCCGUCGUUUCGCGGGUCUUUCUCCGCAAGUAUCCGAGAGCAAAGGAAGGAGGCGCAUCCCCGCGUGAUGCUCCGCUCGAGACCGCAGCAUUUCAUUUGAAAGACGUCUCACUGGGGGGGGAAAAGAUUGAAGCCUAAACCGGAAGGCAAGGCAUUUUGAUAUAAUUCAACGCGAGGGGCUGACACCUCUCAAGCUGUGCAUCACCUGAGAGGAGAAGAGUGACUGCGCCAACAUGGGGUAUGGCCGUUCAGACAGUUACCGCGUUGCCACCACACAGGACAAAGAUAACCGCUCCCCCAAGAAGAAGAAGGGGGCUAAGGACAUGGAUGACCUGAAGAAAGAAGUGCCCAUUACGGAACAUAAGAUGUCCAUAGAAGAAGUAUGCAGGAAAUACCAGACGGACAUUGUUCAGGGCUUGACCAAUGCCAAGGCAGCCGAGUAUCUGAUCAGAGAUGGUCCCAAUGCUCUCACCCCUCCUCCCACGACCCCGGAGUGGGUCAAGUUCUGUCGCCAGCUGUUUGGUGGAUUCUCUGUCCUGCUGUGGACCGGCGCCAUCCUCUGCUUCCUGGCGUACGCCAUCCAGGCAGCCACUGAGGACGAUCCUGCAGGAGACAAUUUGUACUUAGGUAUUGUGCUCACAGCUGUCGUGGUCAUCACUGGAUGCUUCUCAUACUUUCAAGAAGCCAAGAGCUCCAAAAUCAUGGAGUCCUUCAAAAACAUGGUGCCUCAGCAAGCGUUGGUGAUCCGUGAGGGUGAAAAGGUGCAGAUCAAUGCUGAAGAAGUGGUGGGUGGAGAUCUGGUUGAAGUGAAGGGAGGAGACAGGAUCCCUGCUGAUAUCAGGGUGGUUUCCGCUCAUGGCUGCAAGGUCGAUAACUCCUCCCUCACAGGCGAGUCCGAACCUCAGAGCAGGUCACCGGACUGUACCCAUGACAACCCCUUAGAAACCAGAAAUGUUGCUUUCUUCUCCACCAACUGUGUGGAAGGCACAGCACGCGGCAUUGUCAUCUGCACCGGAGACAACACAGUGAUGGGUCGCAUCGCUACUCUGACAUCUGGCCUGGAGACCGGCAAAACCCCCAUCGCAAAGGAGAUCGAGCACUUCAUCCACAUCAUCACAGGUGUGGCCGUCUUUCUGGGACUCACCUUUUUCAUCCUGGCCAUCGUCCUGGGUUACUCCUGGCUGGAGGCCGUUAUCUUCCUCAUCGGCAUCAUUGUGGCUAACGUGCCUGAAGGGCUGCUGGCCACAGUCACUGUGUGUCUGACCCUGACUGCCAAACGUAUGGCUAAGAAGAACUGCCUGGUGAAGAACCUGGAAGCUGUAGAAACCCUAGGCUCCACCUCCACCAUCUGCUCUGACAAAACAGGCACCUUGACCCAGAACAGGAUGACUGUGGCGCACAUGUGGUUUGACAACCAGAUCCAUGAGGCCGACACCACUGAGGACCAGUCUGGUGCCUCUUUUGACAAGAGCUCAGUAACGUGGAUUAGCCUGGCCCGCGUCGCUGCCCUGUGCAACCGCGCUCAGUUUAAAGCGGGACAAGACCAGCUUCCCAUCUUGAAGCGGGACGUGGCCGGCGAUGCCUCCGAGUCAGCCCUGCUGAAGUGUAUCGAGCUGUCCUGUGGCUCAGUCAGGGCAAUGAGGGAUAGGAACAAGAAGGUUGCUGAGAUCCCCUUCAACUCCACCAACAAAUACCAGCUCUCAGUGCACGAGACGGAGGAUCUCAAUGACAACCGCUACCUGCUAGUGAUGAAGGGAGCCCCUGAGAGGGUCCUGGAAUGUUGCUCCACCAUCCUGGUGCAGGGGAAGGAGCAACCUCUGGAUGAGGAAUUAAAGGAAGCUUUCCAGAAUGCAUACAUGGAGCUGGGAGGUCUAGGAGAGAGAGUGCUGGGUUUCUGCCACGUGUUGCUGCCCGAAGACCAAUACCCCAAGGGCUUUGCCUUUGACACGGAUGAUGUCAACUUCCAGACAAAAGACCUUUGCUUUGUUGGCCUCAUGUCCAUGAUCGACCCUCCCCGUGCUGCCGUGCCUGAUGCUGUUGGCAAAUGUCGAUCUGCUGGAAUCAAGGUCAUUAUGGUCACUGGAGAUCACCCAAUCACAGCCAAGGCCAUUGCCAAGGGAGUGGGCAUUAUCUCAGAGGGCAACGAGACAGUGGAGGACAUUGCAGCCCGUCUCAAUAUACCUGUCAGCCAGGUCAACCCCAGGGAUGCAAAGGCCUGCGUGUGCCACGGUACAGAUCUAAAGGAUCUGUCUCAGGAUCAGAUGGACGACAUCCUGAAGAAUCACACAGAGAUUGUGUUUGCUAGGACCUCCCCACAGCAGAAGCUCAUCAUCGUAGAAGGCUGCCAGAGACUGGGUGCCAUUGUGGCUGUGACAGGCGAUGGUGUGAAUGACUCACCUGCUCUGAAAAAGGCCGACAUCGGUGUUGCCAUGGGAAUCUCUGGCUCCGAUGUGUCCAAACAGGCCGCAGACAUGAUCUUGUUGGAUGACAACUUUGCCUCUAUUGUCACAGGGGUUGAAGAAGGCCGUUUGAUCUUUGAUAACCUCAAGAAGUCCAUUGCCUACACCUUGACCAGCAACAUCCCAGAGAUCACCCCCUUCCUGCUGUUCAUCAUGCUCAACAUCCCCCUGCCACUGGGAACCAUCACCAUCCUCUGCAUUGACCUGGGAACUGACAUGGUGCCAGCCAUCUCACUGGCUUAUGAAGCCGCUGAGAGUGACAUCAUGAAGCGUCAGCCCAGGAACCCAUUCAGGGACAAGCUGGUGAACGAGAGGCUUAUCAGCAUUGCCUACGGACAAAUUGGUAUGAUCCAGGCUCUGGGAGGCUUCUUCGCCUACUUUGUCAUCUUGGCUGAAAAUGGUUUCCUGCCAACUACACUACUAGGCAUCAGGCUCAACUGGGACGACCGCAGUUGUAACGACUUGGAAGACACCUACGGGCAGCAAUGGACAUAUGAGCAGAGGAAGAUCGUGGAGUUCACAUGCCACACAGCCUUCUUUGUCAGCAUUGUAGUCGUGCAGUGGGCUGACGUCAUCAUCUGCAAGACCAGGCGUAAUUCUGUGUUCCAGCAGGGCAUGAGGAACAAGAUCUUGAUCUUCGGCCUGUUUGAAGAGACCGCUCUGGCUGCCUUCCUGUCCUACUGCCCAGGCAUGGAUGUGGCACUCAGGAUGUAUCCACUAAAGCCUAGCUGGUGGUUUUGUGCGUUCCCCUAUAGUUUUCUUAUCUUUGUCUAUGAUGAGGUGCGAAAACUUCUCAUUCGUCGGAACCCUGGAGGUUGGGUGGAAAGAGAGACAUACUAUUGAUCAAUGGAGCAUCUUUGCUCAAGCCCCCCCCCACAUGUUCCAAUUAUUUCUCCCCCCUGUCACUCCAACCCUGGCAAGACACCCCUUCAGAUGCCCCGCCCCGUUAAAGAUACAAAACGCUUUAAAGCAAUUUUCAUCACAACUGCCCCAAAGAUUAAAAACAGCAAAAGCACCUUUACAACUUUCUACAUUGACCCGCCCCCCUUUCUCCCCCAUCUCCUAUGAUACUCUUUGCAUGUGUUCUCUCACUGCUGUGUACAUAAACCAAUAUAUCUACCAAACGGCAGCUGCAUAUUGUGUAUGUAGAUUUGAAUGAGCUAAGGAUACAAAGGGAGUGUCCAUGCUCUGCAAAAAAAAGGGCCAUCCAGCUCCUUCUCCUCCCUGUUGUCCCCCUGCUCUCGCCCCCCCGUCUGUCUCUAUGCCUCCGUUCCCCUCCCUCUUUUCCCUCCUCGCCAACCCUUUGCUUGUCCUCCAAUCACACAAAGAUGUAAAGAUCACACAGUGAGAUACCACCGCCGACACCACUUUGACUGCCACAUCUCGCCUCCGUCUCCUGUCUGCGGAGGAGCAGCGGAGUGGUCAUCUCCCCGUAGAUCUCGCUACGCCCAUCUUCCUUCUAUUCCGUUGUCAACGGCCACAGUGUUGUUGUGUUUUUUUUAAUAUGUGGGGUACGGGGGGUUUCAAUGAUUUUACUUGUCUUUUUUAUUUCCAAGACGGGAGGGGGGGUACGUGAGAGCUGCUUUUCCUCAUUUAGGCCUAACAAAGCACACCCCAUGGCGUCUUGUCCCCACCCUCUCUCCCCCUCUGUCUCUCACACCCCUCCCCUCCCCUCCCCUGCCCUCCCUCCCGCCCCGUUUGUCUCUGUUUGUGUGCACUGUGUGAACCAUUGUCCUUGUUAAUAACUAUUACAGUACACCCCCUCUCCCCCCAAGUUGGUGAAUACAACUCAAUCUUUCUGUGUGCUCUAGGAAAUCUAUAUAAUUCUAUACUGAAUUUAAAUGAAACAAUAAAAAACAUGUUGGAAAAACAGCUCAAGAGAGAAAUUCAUGGAGAACAACAUCAACGAUAUUGCAAAAUAAGAAAAGGCAAGAUAUAUCUCUCUGUUUUUGUUGUUUGUUUUCAGUUGUUUUUGCUGGUUUUUCUGGAGGCUAUUCUAAAACUGUAACAGCAGAGCAGGGGUUUAAAGUUGUGUUUUUACCAAAAGACACAAGACAUCAAUCAAUGCUUUCAGGUUACCGCCACUGCAGGUGUGAUGUGGGUGGCAGUGAUAAGACCAUGCGCCUGCGGUCCAUUACCAGAUCGUCUCUGGCCCGGAUCUGUGUGCAUGUAUGUGUUGGAGACCAGUGAAGGGCCAGCGAUCUCAGGCUGGAUCUAUCUCAGAUGGCAGCAAGUUGAAAGUCAAGAAAAAAAAAGAAGAAAAAAAACACAACUAGUAGAACAUGUGUGUCAAAACAACAAAACCAACACCAAUAAAACAUCUAGAACAUUUAAUACAACCUA